GCCACUUGCUGGGAGCUGACGGCUGCAGCCUCGAGAGGUUCGUGUUCACUGCUGUGUCUCCUGGGCGCGUUCGUCGGGCCGCGCGGGGAGACUAAAACCGGAAGGGCUAGAGUAAGUGCCCCCUCGGCUGCAUGAGUCAGAGCUACAGUAUUUCCUUCCCUCCGGGCAAGUGACCAUAGAACUGGACCCCGCCCCCUUUCCGGCCUAGACUCUCUUCCCCCCUAUCCCUUGCCCCUUUCCCUUUGGGGACCCCCAGUUCUUGUUCUGUUACUGAGCCUCAACUAAGGUCAUGAAGCUGGUGAGGAAGGACAUUGAGAAGGACAAUGCGGGUCAGGUGACCCUGGUCCCCGAGGAGCCUGAGGACAUGUGGCACACUUACAAUCUAGUGCAGGUGGGCGACAGCCUUCGCGCCUCCACCAUCCGUAAGGUACAGACCGAGUCCUCCACAGGCAGCGUAGGAAGCAACCGGGUCCGUACAACUCUCACUCUCUGCGUGGAGGCCAUUGACUUUGACUCUCAAGCUUGCCAGCUGCGGGUCAAAGGGACCAAUAUCCAAGAGAAUGAGUAUGUCAAGAUGGGGGCUUACCACACCAUCGAGCUGGAGCCCAACCGCCAGUUCACCCUGGCCAAGAAACAGUGGGAUAGUGUGGUUCUGGAGCGCAUUGAACAGGCCUGUGACCCGGCCUGGAGUGCUGAUGUGGCAGCGGUGGUCAUGCAGGAAGGUCUCGCCCAUAUCUGCUUAGUCACUCCCAGCAUGACCCUCACUCGGGCCAAGGUGGAGGUAAACAUCCCUAGGAAAAGGAAAGGCAACUGCUCCCAGCAUGACCGGGCCUUGGAGCGGUUCUAUGAACAGGUGGUUCAGGCCAUCCAGCGCCACAUAAACUUCGAUGUUGUAAAGUGUGUCCUGGUGGCCAGCCCAGGAUUUGUGCGGGAACAGUUCUGCGACUACAUGUUUCAGCAAGCAGUGAAGACUGACAACAAAGUUCUCCUAGAAAACCGGUCCAAAUUCCUUCAGGUACAUGCCUCCUCUGGACACAAGUACUCCCUGAAAGAGGCCCUUUGUGACCCUACUGUAGCUAGCCGCCUUUCAGACACUAAAGCUGCUGGGGAAGUAAAAGCCUUGGAUGACUUCUAUAAAAUGUUACAACAUGAACCUGACCGAGCCUUCUAUGGACUCAAGCAGGUGGAGAAGGCCAACGAAGCCAUGGCUGUUGACACAUUGCUCAUCAGCGAUGAGCUCUUCAGACACCAGGAUGUAGCUACACGUAGCCGGUAUGUAAGGCUGGUGGACAGUGUAAAAGAAAAUGCAGGCACUGUUAGGAUAUUUUCUAGUCUUCAUGUAUCUGGGGAACAGCUCAGCCAAUUGACUGGAGUAGCUGCCAUUCUUCGCUUUCCUGUUCCUGAACUUUCUGACCAAGAGGAUGAUUCCAGUUCUGAAGAAGAUUAAUGAUUGAAAUUUAUAGUUGAGACAACCUUUUGUCUCAGUUCAUUAAUAUAUAUAUUUUUUUCAGCAUCCUUUGAGAGAAAGCUGCAAGAUGGGCACUUUUGGAUUCAUACUGGAAUUUCUCAUGUAUUUGAUCACACUAGGUAUUUUAUAGUUCUCAGAACAUGUAUUCAAACUAAACAAUAAACUUAAAUAAAAAAAUUCCAUGU